CUUUCCUCUCUCCUUCCCUCUCUCCAGCUAUUAAGAGCUGCUGUGGAUGUGGAGGAGGAUGGUUUUGGAGAAGUAUCUGGAUCUUAUCAUGAGGGAAAAGAAUGUCAAAACGCAGAGGGAUCCCACGUUUAAGGUGAAUCUGAAGCUGUGUCUCUUACAAAUAACGGGAUACAGGAACUUAUUCACGUCCGUGGAAGAGUUGAGGAAGGAGACUUUUGACUCGGAUAAAGUCCAACACGAGGAAAUGCUUUUGAAGUUAUGGGACCUGUUGAUGCCCGAGGUCAAACUGGAGUCCAGAGUUACCAAACAGUGGGGCGACAUUGGUUUCCAAGGCGAUGACCCCAAGACUGACUUCCGAGGAAUGGGCAUGUUGGGCCUAACCAACCUUGUGUUCUUUAGUGAGAACUACACUGAAGAGGCUCGGCAAGUGCUGUCCCACGCAAACCAUCCCAAACAUGGGUACUCCUAUGCCAUAGUGGGUAUCAACCUGACGGAGAUGGCGUACAGUUUACUGAAGAGUGGUGCUCUCAAACCCCACUUCUACAACACUGUGUCUGGGAGACCCCAACUGCAGCACCUCCAUCAGCUGUUCUGUUACCUGGUGUACAAGUUUGAUAAGUUCUGGGUGGAGGAGSAGCCCGAGAGCAUCAUGGAGUUCAACCACUACAGGGAAAAGUUCCACGACAAUAUCAAGAUUCAACUACUGGACCCCGCCGUGGCCCUCACCAUGACGGAUAGUCCAAGAAGUAACUGACCGACCAACCG